UAUAUCUUUGCUUUGUGUGAUGAUAAUGUGUCAAUACAGUAUGUAUCUGGUAUAACAUAUAUUAGAGAUAUUGGUGUCAUUGCUGUUUGCACACAGAUAACUGUGGACAAUCACACAUAUCAACGGUCACACUGAGUGGGGAUGAAAAUGGCGUAUGUACAUGCCGUUGUCAUGGGCCUAAAACAAUGGUCAUCUCUAGUGUUUAAAGUGCAUCCAAUGGCCAGGGCAUAAAUUAGCCAGCGUCUGUGCUAUAUGUUAUGGGCACAGUUAGACGCAGAGAGCCAAGAAAUGUUGUUACUCCGGUUACCAUGUAUGUUAGGUGCACUGUGUGUAAUAGAGACUAAAUGCCAGAUUUAUCUUGUAUGUUAGGUGCACUGUGUGUAAUAGCGACUAAAUGCCAGAUUUAUCUUGUAUCUUAGGUGCACUGUGUGUAAUAGAGACUAAAUGCCAGAUUUACCUUGUAUCUUAGGUAAUAGAGACUAAAUACCAGAAUUAUUAAUCUACUCAACGUACUUCCAUCUUGCAAGCUCAAAAGUUUUCAUGACUUUGAGUGAAAAUGUCUUCAUCGCCGAAGAAUUAUCUUCAACAAACGUUGCUGAGUUUGUGCGUCAACAUAGAGAACGGUGCUUAUAACAAAGAUGACAUUAACAUAAAGGUGCUCAUAUCUAGAAGGAUCUUCAACACAGAGGUGUACAUAAAUGGGUUAUCAAGGCAGUCUUGCGUGGUUUGAAAUAUCUACAGUCUCCAUCUAUACGGGAUGCAUGAAAUACCGUAGAUUAUCUGGGUGGCAUUAUACGCCUGGACUCCCCGCCUGUGACAGUGUUGCCCAGACCACGGAGGUUAAACAUACACAAUGAAGACGCAGAUGAUUUCUUUAGUGUUUAUGAUCUUAUACGUCCAUACAGCGUCUGCGUUCAGAUGUUACCAGUGCCCGGCCACCAGCUCAACGUGUGCAGACCCCUUUUCCCCCAGUGACUCCGGCGACGACACCAUCUACUGCGAAUAUGGUUGUGUUAAGGCCAAGGCCGUACUGACAGACACACACUCCGUGUCCAGAGGUUGCUUUCCUGUUGAGAACCCCACGGAAUGCCACAGGUCCAACGUUGACGGCGUGGACACUGAAGUGUGUAUAUGUAACUCAGACCUGUGUAACGCCGCCACCCACCACCAACCAGCGCCACUUCUGGUCGUUCUCAUGUGUACCGCGAUUUGUUUCACUGUGUAUCAGAAGUUGUUUUAAUCGUAAGUGGAACUUAACGUAGAAAAAUCGUUUCAGCAGGCCCGAACGCAAUAGAUGACAAGAUCUGACAUGAUGUUUGUUCAUGUCCAUGCAACACUGACUAGCGUGGUGCAGUCAUCAAACCACAGUUAUCAACGACCAGGGAGUUACAUACUGUGUUUACAUUACUUAUACAGAGAUUUCCUACAGAGACAUCAGAACACUUGUCUGGAUAACUGUACUAUGACUCAAACAGACCACAUUUAAACAUUUUAAACUGGUUAAAAGGUAAAGAGAAGUGAUGGCACAAACGGAGUCUUACAAACUCCAGAGAUAAAAAUGAUUUUGGCUGCUGUACGAGUAGCUGUGUGUACCAUGACAAAGUGACCUCAAUGAAAGCAUCAACGACAUCAAACCAC